AUGUCUUGCCCCAAAGACAUUGAGUUAUCCAAGCCCACUCUGAUGGACUUACUUCUACUUUCAAUAGGCCCAUUUGUUAACCCAACCAAUUUAACUUCCAAUUCUAUUCCACCUUUGUCAGGCCCAUCUCCACUUACGCUUCUCAUAAAAUUACCCACACAGUACUACAAGACCUAUUUUGAUGCUGGGGAAUUUGGGUUUGGCUCCUCAACUAUUUCACUUCAACCUCACACUGAUUGCCCUCCAAAUGCCGUCUUUAUGGAUUGGUACUAUGCCAAUCAAGAUGGAACCCCAGUGAAAAUUUCAAAUGUCUUUUGUGUGUUUGAACGCUAUAGUGGUGAUGUUGCUUGGCGCCACACUGAGGUUUCUAUUCCUAACGAAGAGAUAGUAGGGGUUAGGCCAGAGAUUAGCUUGGUAGUUCGGUCCGCAACAGUGGUUGGUAACUACGACUACAUCAUGGAUUGGGAGUUCAAGCAAAGUGCUCCAUCAAAGUUUGGCUUAAGUGGUAUAAUAGAAGCCAAAGCUUCAUUCUACGCCAAUAACACCCCCAUUAAAGAGGAUGUUUAUGGCACACUUGUAGCAGAAAACACCAUUGCCACAAACCAUGACCAUUUCCUCGCAUACUAUCUUGACCUCGAUAUUGAUGGUGGAGAGAAUUCCUUUGUCAAAGCCAAUUUUGCCCUCUUUUCUUGUAGUGAUGGUAGCAUUCCGAGGAAGAGUUACUGGAGUGUGGUUAGAGAGACUGCAAAAACUGAAAAUGAAGCAAGGAUGAAGUUAGGGGAACCAGCUGGCCUAGUGAUAACAAACCCUAAUAAGAUGACUAAUGUUGGGAACCAAGUUGGGUAUAGGUUGCUUCCUGGUUCACCUGCCCCCCCUCUCCUACUUGAAGAUGAUUAUCCACAGCAUAGGGCAGCUUUCACAAGGUACCAAGUAUGGAUCACACCCUACAACAGGUCAGAGGAGUGGGCAGGAGGGUUGUAUGUGGAUCAUGACCAUGGGAAUGACAACUUAUAUGAAUGGACUAACAGGGAUAGAGAUAUUGAGAACAAGGAUAUAGUGUUAUGGCACACAUUAGGGUUUCACCACAUACCUGCCCAAGAAGAUUUUCCAGUGAUGCCAACACUCAGUGAUGGGUUCGAGCUCCGACCUUUCAACUUCUUUGACAACAAUGCAAUACUCAAAACAAGGCCUUCUAAGCCUCUGAUGUUCCAUGGUUGCAACUCAACCAGUACCACUCCACAGCUGAUCCAUAAUUGA